UUUUCGACAGGGCUCUCAGGAAUCGAGCUGCACCACUCUCCCUGGGGAACUGGCGGGGUAGCUCCCAUCCCAGACAGAAUUGGGGUCAACCGUACACACAUCCAGUUCCUGCCAAAGCCCUCUUUCCCCAAAGCUCACUGGGAUAGAGGGAUGGUUUCAGGCACCCCUGGGAUUUGCCUAUCCAAGACUAGGACACACAGCUUGAGUCAGAGGUGAAUGGACAGGCAGGCUUCUUAGGAGGCAGCUGAGAGGUGGCAAGAAGCAGGCAGCAGCCCUCCAGAGAGCCCUGGUAUCAUGGACAGUGACGAGCCUCUUGAGGACGAGACAAAAGACAGAACUGAGACCGUGUUAGCGCCACAGAGCAGCGAUGACAUGCUCUACUGUGAGGCCGAGGCUCCCUCCACUGUUGAGAAAGAGAAACCCACCUGGGAGGAUUUAGAAACAGACCUGGAGAUUGAAGAUACUGAGAGAUCCUUCACCACUGGACAAAGGGAGCUGUACCUGGAGGCCUGCAAACUGGUGGGUGUGGUGCCUGUCUCUUACUUCAUCCGGAACAUGGAAGAGCCCUACAUGAAACUCAGCCACCAUGGUUUGGGCCCCAUGGGUACCAAGGCUAUCGCUAUAGCCCUGGUGUCCAACACGGCUAUCAUCGGACUGGAACUGGAAGACAACUGCAUCAUGGAGGAGGGUGUCUUGAGCCUGGUGGAGAUGCUGCAUGAGAACUACUAUCUCCAGGAGCUGAAUAUUUCUGACAAUGACCUGGGUUUGGAGGGGGCCAAGAUCAUCUCAGAUUUCCUCCAGAGAAAUAUUUCUUCGCUCUGGCAACUUGAGCUGUCAGGAAAUAACUUCAAGGAAGAAUCUGCAGCCCUCUUAUGCCAAGCCCUGUCGGCCAAUUACCGAAUUAGGAAGCUGAAUCUCAGUCACAAUGAAUUCUCUGAUAAAGGAGGGGAGUAUCUGGGUCAGAUGCUGGCCCUCAAUGUAGGGCUCCAGUUGCUGGAUCUGAGCUGGAAUCACUUCCACAUUCAGGGAGCUGUGGCCUUGUGCAGCGGUCUCCGGGCUAACGUGACCCUGAAGAAACUGAAUCUGUCCAUGAAUGGUUUUGGGAAUGAAGGAGCGCUGGCCCUUGGAGAGGUCCUCAGACUCAACAGCUGCCUGACCCAUGUGGAUGUCAGUGGCAAUGACAUCAGCAACGAAGGGGUCUCCAAACUCAGCAGGGGACUGGAGUACAACAAAACCCUCCAAGUGCUGAAGCUCUUCCUGAACCCUAUAAGUAUGGAUGGGGCUGUUUCACUUAUCCUGUCCAUCAAGAAGAACCCCAAGUCUCAGAUGGAAGAGCUUGACGUUUCUAAUGUGGUGGUAACUGAGCAGUUCUCAAAAAUCCUGGAUGGCUUGUAUGCCGUCCACCCCCAGCUGGACGUGCUGUACGACACGGUGAAAGGCCUCUCUUGCAAGAAGCAAGCCCUCUCCCUGCGGACGAAACCCAUGAAACUGAUCCAGAGCUACGUGGACCAGCACAAAAUCCCACUUGUGGCCUUCUUCAAGAGCUUGAACCCCACCGGAGCAAUGGAGAUGCCUGUGAGCGAGUUCCGGAGAGCUCUGCUACAGCAAAACAAGGUCCCUAUGAGCCAGGACCAAGUUGGGGAACUGAUCAAGAAGCUGGAGGAGAGCAAGGGCAUGGUGAACUUCAGCUCCUUUCUGUAGCAAAGCUUGAGCCUCAGUUGUGUCCUGGGGGCCAGGCCAGACGCUUCCAUCCACAGGAGA